GCAGUUUACAACAUGGUCGGUGUUUUCGUAACCUAAACGAUUUGUUUUUAUGAAAGAGGGAUAGUUAUUUUUUUAGAAAUAAUGGCAGCCCAACGUGCACUGCCGCAAAGCAAAGAGGCUUUACUGAAAUCGUACACGACAAGAUUAAAGGACGAUGUGAAAUCAAUGCUGGAGAAUUUUGAAGAAAUUAUAAAACUAGCCAAAGGGGAAAGCGACUCGCAAUUAUCGCGAAUGACACAAUGUGAGCAGGACACGUAUGAAAUGCAUGUCAGAGCAGCCAAUAUUGUACGCGCCGGUGAAUCUCUAAUGAAGCUUGUUUCCGAUAUAAAACAGUAUUUGAUACUAAAUGACUUCCCCUCUGUGAAUGAAGCCAUCGCACAAAACAGCAAACUGUUUAGGACAAAACAAGCGGAAUGUGAUCAAAAAUUAGCAUCUUUACGGGAUGAUAUGGCUGCUGAUCUCUAUGAUCUGGAGGAAGAAUACUAUACGUCGAUAUAUAAAUGACAUAAACUUUGUUAUUAUAGACGCAUAAUUACGUGUUCACCCCUCGGACCAUACCGUGACUAUAAUGUGAUUUAUUUGCUCGGUAAACUGUACAUAUUUAUUUAAAUAAAUAAGAAUAAUUUUGAUAGUA